GGUAGAGCUGCGCCUUUCUUUUUUUCUAAAGGGCAAACAUGAUGGCGUGCGCUUGACAAAGCAACACCUAACCAAACUGAGAGGAUUUACACUUUUUCACAAGGACUGACUUCAAACAACUAUAACAUUCACGUUUCUCGCUCGGGACGGGGCUUUGGAUGGGAUCAAGGAUGGAGGCAUGAGUCCGCCUCUGUGCUUCACACAUGCCUGUCAUUUAGGAUACCAUUACCUGGACUGAUGAGCUUUAUUUCAGCGCUGAAAUUGUCCCAGCUUGUGCACAGUUAACAGUACCUGCCGAGGAGAAUGACACCUCAGCUGAACAGACUGUCUCUGUGUCUCUGUGUCCUCGGGAUCUUUGUUACAGUGAUACGGGGAGACUUUGUGGAUCUCCCUCCAAAGGAUCCCAUACUCUCCUUGGCAGAGGAGGAGACCAUACUGCCCUGUCGCUACCAGCCAACUGAUGAAACUUUGGUGCAGGUCACCUGGUAUAAGGAGAAAUCCGAUGGCGACAAGGAGCAGAUCAUCACUGCACACCAUACUAAUGGACAGACAGCGUUUGGUACGUGGUCUCGUCGUGUGCGCUUUAAAAGCAGCGACCCCACAUUGGACUCUUCUCUGGUCAUCAUGAGCACGGAAGUCUCUGAUGAGGGGAAAUACCUCUGCCAUAUCAGCACCUUCCCCUCCGGCAACUUUGACUUAGCGAUGUCGCUCACCGUGUGGACCAUUCCCAUCUCCUCCCUGGAACCUGUGGUCCUGGUGGAGGGACAGCCCUACCGACAGGCCGCUUCCUGUCGCUCUGUAGCCCGCCCGCCUCCCCGCCUCUCCUGGGACACCGACCUGAGCGGCCAGUCCGUCAAUCGUAGCUCCGACAAUGGGGCGGUCUCCUCACACUACUCCCUGCACCCUCUUAGGGGCAUGAACGGCAAGAAGCUGGACUGUCUGGUGUGGCAUCCGACUCUACGGGGCCCCCGCAGGAUCCCAAACAAGUUGGUGGUGCAUUUCCCUCCACAUGCAGAGGUGGCUGGCUACAAUAAAGACUGGAUCGUGGGUAUGGAGAAUGCUGCCCUGAGGUGUGUGAGUGGAGGAAACCCCAAACCACAGAGUUUCACCUGGAUCAGAAUUGGUGGAGAUUUGCCAGAAGGGGUAAUCCCCCACCCUAAUGGAACACUAGCUUUUGGGCGACCCCUAAGCUUGUCAGACAAAGGCACCUACCAGUGUGUGGCGAAGAAUGAUGUGGGAGUGGGGAAGGCGGAAGUGGAGAUUAGUGUGGAAGAUGCUCCCGAGGGGCAGACCAUGAUCGAAAACAUGCUGAUGAUCAUCGUGGGGGCUGUGGCCGGGGGGCUGCUCAUCUUGAUGCUCAUUGUUGUAAUCUGCGUCACUUGCCAUCACAAACGCAAGAACAAAAAGCUGGAGAGGGAGCUGACUGAGAGGAAGGAGGAAAUAAGUACUCUCUCCAGGCAAGCUUCUUUUAGGAGAAUGAACUCUGUCAGCACAGAUACCAGAGGAGCGACAGAGGAAAACAUCCCUCUGAGGGUGGAGGGGACCAUAAGGACCAGCCUGUCUUCACUCGGGGAGCAGGCUCACUGCCGCGACAGCCGAUCUAGUAUCUCAGGUGGCAGGGGAGGAGGGGGAGCAUUUGACUACUUGGGCAGACCAGUUCUACACAACAACUCGCGGAGAGGAAGAGAAAAGCUUCUGGACAGAGACGAGGAGAACCGACUCCGAGUGGAGACAUAUGUGAGAAACAGCACCAUCUCUUUACAGGAAACUCGUUUCCACCCUCCUCUCACGCCAUCGUCCUUCCCGAUGGUACAGUCCACUGAGAUUGUAAGGCAGCUAAAUGGAAGCGCCAUUAUCCCAGCAGACGGGGGUUCACGGCCGGGAAGUGUCCGCAAGAAUCACCAGCACCCUCCUACAAGCUCUAGCUACCCAGCGGUGACAGAUGAUGAGGAUGAAGUAGAUGAGGGUUUGGGGGGUCCUGCCAGCCAGGAGCAUCCUGAUGACCAAGACAGCGAGACCAACAGCUCCCAAGUGUCUGAGGCUCACAGUGCACGCUAUCAGCAGACUAAUGGCACAAUCCGACCCAAACCCCGGCCGAGUCCGGCUGUGGUCAGUCCCCAUGCCUCCCUGAUUCACAAGGCCCAGAUAGUUUAACAGGGAGCUGGAAAAGAACACAUGAAACUACAAGACUGGACAGUUCCGGUCUUAGAUUUGGGCCAAAUGUGGAUACACUGGCAAAGUUUGGUCAAAGCCCAGAAAACAAUGCAACUGACUACAAUGCUGCGUCUUUUUAUUGUGUGGGAACAUGGUGCAAUAGAAUAAACGGAAAAUCUACUCUAAAGCAUCAACUGGACAUUUCUGGACAUCUGAUUUCUUCCUGAUUUCUGAUGAUCAACAUUAUGCUGUGUAUUCCCGGAAUUACUGGCACAAACAGAGACGAUGUUGCAAUAUUUCCGAUGCAGCUAUUACAGUGUUUAAUUGCGGACAAUAUCCUUUUCUCAUCUUUCGCAAUACACUAUCUGCUGCUCUACCUGGCUGUAACGAACAGGUGAAUGCAGCAUACAUUCCUUUUGUGGGGGAUGUCGAAAGCACUCAAAGACAUGACCAGUAGGAAAUCAGGAAACGCAGGACAAGUCGAGGAGGCUGUGGGAACGCUGGUAAAUCAGAAACUUAGAUUGCAACACCUCUGUAUUGAGCGUGGAUUUUUUACUGUAGAGGUGUUUAGUGUGUUAGUAGCUUUGCCUGUGUCAUGUUCCAUUACACAACACUGUUUGGGAUCUGAUCCAAACCAUGGGGUUGUUCCUCUCUUGCCACACCUGCAACAUUCUUACCUCCGUAUUGUCUUACUGUUGUUGCGGCUUUAAGAGCUGAGACAUUUUGGAUCAGAUAAAGAUUUCAUAUUGCAGCCAAAACACAGUGGUGCCCUAAUGCGGGGGCCAGUGGGCAUACAAUCAGUUGCCCCCCUAACCCCACCAGGCGAUAAUAAUACGAGUACGAUAUUACUUUCUUUAAGACGCAUGGUGUGAAGAUAAUGUAUCCUCUGAAACUAGAAAAUCUAAGGCAUCCAUUAGUACCAACCAUGUUAGCAUAGCUUGUAGUGAAGGGGACUAAAUAACUCUCCUAAGCUGGGCUAAAUUUUGGCAAGGCAACAACCAGCAUAGACAUUUUUAAAGGGGUCCCCUGAACUCUCACCUCUAGAUAUCUGAAUGAAAAUGGGUUCUAUGGGUACACACUGGUCUCUCCUCAACCUGAAAAGGCUUGUUCCCUUUCUAAGGAAAAAGACAAUCAUACACAUACAUAGGUAACACAUUAUAACAAUCUGGCUGUGGAACUCAAAAUGUUAACUGCACUGGUGUUAGUCUAUGCACAUCAGAUACUAAUAAUAACUGUAAGUAAAAACCCAGAGUAUACCAAUGUGUGAUUCCUUAGGGGUCAUGUAUGCUCAAUGUUAGCUACGGAGACAGAUGGAGCCUUCUGUCCGUACUUUGUUUAUUUGGUCUGCAUUUGUGCAUGUUUUGUGGAAGCUUAUGGAUACGGACAAAACAUAGCAGUACCACCAGGCAGUGUAGUGUAGUUCAAGUGUGAUAUGACUGUAGGAGACCAGAAAGAACUUUAAAUAAUGGCGGAACAGAAUGAGUCGGUUAUAAAGUGAAAAGAAUUCUCCGUUCACAUGUCGGAAUGUAUAGCCUAUAAUGGCCACACAGGCCACUGCCAUCUACAGCGCUGCCUUUGUUUAAAGGUACAAUAUUGCGACCUCUUCCACUGUCACCUCUGAUGUUGUGUCAAACUUUUGAUUCUGCCCUCUAGUGCCAUCUAUUGGCUGUAUUUAUGCCAACAUAGAGGAUGCAUAGAAGCAUGACAGUGACAUUUACAACAUUUGAAAUGGAGGUAUUUAUUUUAAUACGUAAAAGGUGUAUAAAUUAACUCUCCAUAUUGACAUAGUUUUCAUCUCGCCUAUAUACUUCAACAGCAUAAGCAAAUUCCUGUGCUACACACGCAUAUAGCAGAUACAUAAUUUACCCUGCUCGUUCUCCUAUGUAGUGAGGAUGGAAGUUUUAAUACUAUUUUAUUAAACAUACACACACACACUAAACAGAUAAAAACAUUCACAUGUUGUGUACCGUCAUGUAUGCACAAACAUAUAUACAGAGGAUUAAAGUUGGAAAACCUGCUGUACAUUUGUAAAAUACAUUCUUUAUGUGAUACUUUUGUAAAUACACUUGGACUCUUACUAGAGACCACAGACAUCUGUAUGUUGGAGAGUUUUCUCUGCCUGCAGGACUUCUCUUUAACAUUCAAGACAAGUCGACUGUCAAAGAGGAAUUUGACAUAAACUGGUGAUUUUUGAUACUGAGGCAAAACCAGGCAUGUAUUAUUUAUCUGUAUAAGAACAGUGGUUGUUACAUUUUGUAUAUUUGUAUGUAUUUGGGUUCUGUUACAGCCCUGAUAUGGGAAGCAAUGUGCCAAAGGGAUAAUAUUAAAAAACUCACUUUUGCCUUUUUGGCAAAUAUGAAGUAUUAUUUUGUUCUGCACACAUGUAUCACACUGUACUACUACUGUUUUGAUUUGUUACCUUCUGUAAGUACAAAACAAAUAUGAGCAGCAGAUGAAUGGCAUUAUGUGCAGAUUGUUUUUAGUGUAGACAGUGCCCCCUGAUGUGUACUGCUGGAAAGUGCAGGGACCCGAUUGAGCCUACUGCAAAACUAUGUUAACUAUGAAAUUUCACUGUGACCUGGGGAAAUGAUUUUCCUGGUCACUUGCCUGGAUUUUCAUUUGUUUUAAGGGAUAUGUAUGGGUAUCAGAUUGUAAUGAUGGUUUGAAAUAAAAGUGCAUGUUUUUUUUGUAAA